AUGGCUUUUGUUUUUUACUGUUUCUUGCAAGUUCUGGUCUCUUGGGAUAUGCAUGCAGCUCAGCCUCUCUGUCUGCCAGGGUGCACCUGCUCAGAGGAGAGUUUUGGCAGGAGUCUACAGUGCAUGGGAAUGCCUUUGGGAAAGAUUCCAAGCAACUUUCCUGAUGAAUUCAAGCAAGUGAGAAUUGAAAACUCCCCCUUAUUUGAACUUCCCCGGGGGGCUUUCACCAACAUGAGUACCUUGAAAUACCUUUGGCUGAACUUUAACAGUGUCGCUGUGAUCCACCUAGGCGCCCUGGAGGACCUGCCAGAGCUGAGAGAGCUGAGACUGGAGGGGAACAAACUCCGUUCAGUACCAUGGACAGCGUUCCGUGCCACCCCUUGUCUACAGGUCUUGGAUCUCAAACACAACUGGAUUGACACACUCCCCGAACUGGCUCUCAAGUUCCUAGCCAACCUGACAUACCUUGACAUAUCCUCCAACAGGCUGACAGUUGUAUCCAAGGGUGUCUUCUUGAACUGGCCAGCCUAUCAGAAAGGCCAGCAGCAUGGUUGUGGAGCUGAGAUUUUCUGCAGCACGGUGUUGGCACUACAUAAUAAUCCUUGGGUAUGUGACUGCCGGUUAAGGGGCUUUGUUCAGUUUAUCAAAUCCAUUGGUCCCCCACUCAUACUGGUGAGUUCUUACCUGAAAUGCCAGAGCCCUGUCUCUAAGGCAGGGCAGCUUUUACAUGAGACUGAGCUUAGUGUUUGUAUGAAGCCGAAUAUCUCAACUCCUAGUGUGAAUGUCACUAUUCAGGCAGGAAAGAAUGGGACCCUGCAAUGCUUGGCAAAAGCCAGUCCCUCACCAACCAUAACAUGGAAGUAUCCUCUGAGCACAUGGAGAGAAUUCGAUGUGUCGGCCUCAUCCAUUGCCGAAGAUACCAUUCUAUCCCAGCUUGUCAUUCCAGCGGCCCACGUGAUAGACCAUGGUGAUUAUACUUGUAUGGCUUCCAACUCCAUUGGCAGAAGCUCCCUUGUCAUCUCAGUCCACAUCCAGCCAAUCCAGGCCAUACCUGCCUUGCGUUCUCUAUCCAUCUCCUCAGAGGGCAGUAUCUAUGUUGACCUACGAGUGGUCAAGCAGACAGUGCAUGGCAUCUUGCUGGAGUGGCUCACAGUGCCCAGCCUCCCGGAGGAGCCGUGGUUCACUCUCUACAUUGCAUCUGAUGAGGCUCCCAGGAAGACAGUGGUCCACAUCGGCCCUGGGAUCAACACCUACACCGUGGAUGACCUUCUCCCUGCUACCGAAUAUAAAGCAUGCCUCAGCCUGAGGAGUCAGCCUCCAGGCCAGGGCCAGUGUGUGGUCUUUGUGACAGGCAAAGACAGUGGUGGGCUGGAGGGUCGUGAGCACCUCUUGCACGUCACUGUGGUCUUGUGCGUUGUGCUCCUGGCAGUGCCUGUGGGUGUUUAUGUGUGGGCAGCCCAGGAGCCAUACAACUGCUGUGAGUGGUGUUUAGGCUGCUGCUCUCUGCACAAGAAAGCAUUCAGGGGUCCGCAAGCCACACCACAGUGCAAGGAUAGCUCUUUCAAAGAUCUUCCUGCUGUCUGUGAGGAUGGAGACAGUCACAGGGUCAUGGAAGAGAAUGAGGAGCUAUAA